AUGGGUAAUCAACAACACCAUCAAUUGCCCGAUGAUUUACCAUUGCAUGAUUAUCGUUAUUUAAUGAAAAACACACAUUUAUCACCGCAUGUUAUUCAAGGUUGGUAUCGAGAAUUGCUAACCAUCUGCCCAAAUGGUCAAUUAAAUAAAAGUCAAUUUAUAAAAUUCUACAUGGGAUUAGAAAAUUCAACAACAAAAAAUGCUGAACGUAUUGCUGAAAAUGUUUUUGAAGCAUUUGAUGAUGAUGAUAAUAAUCGAAUUGAUUUUAAGGAAUUUCUCAUUGCCUAUGCAUUAACAUCCAAUGGGGAACCCGUAGAAAAAUUAAAAUAUACAUUUUCGAUAUUUGACGUCGAUCAUUCUGAAACGAUUGAGUUAAGUGAAAUGAUUGAAUUAUUAAAAAGACUCUUUACAAUAACAGGCAAUAAAAUGAAAACAUAUUCACCGGAGUCUGUUGUUCAUGAUAUAUUUCCUACACUUGAUCUUGAUCAAAAUCAAUCAAUCUCAAAAGAAGAAUUUAUUCAUGGUUGUCUACACAAUGAUUAUAUUCGUCAUAUUUUCACCUUUUGA